AUGACUAGUUUUAAGGACGCCGACUUGCUCGAAGCGGACGAGGUAAGUGGAAAGUACGAGUUUUAUGGGAGUCAAAGCAACUCUAAACAUUCUUCCGGUAAUUUUCUAUCCCAAAAGUUCGAUUUGGAGGGUUUUCUUUAUCAAACAUUUCAUUUUUCCCGCCGUUUUUGGCAUUCUGUCGCAUCGGUGUUUUGGUAAUAAAAAAUUUCAAAAUUGUAAAACAAGCUGCAAAAGCAUCGUGCAUUGAUUUGGAAUUGCAAAUGUGAUAUUCGGACAUUAAUCUCAUCGUAUUACACAUAUCACCCAUGAUGAUUUUAGGUCAAGAUCUAUUAUUUUCACCUUGAUCUCCGUGAUUCCCCCAACUUUUAUUCAUGUGAUCACCAAACAAGUCUCUGUUCCCUCAUAUUUCCGUUCAUUUUAACAUUUCCACUUCAAAAAAACCUGGUCCAGGUCGGCCUUUGCCCUGGGGCGAUCUUCUUUAAUAUUCAUAUAUUAUAUUUCCAAAAAACUUUUUUCGAAAUUUCCCCGGAAAAAACGAACAUGGCUCCGUUUGUAUCCAUGGAUUAAAAGCGGCUUCAAACUUGUGGCCCCAAAUUAUUUGGCUCAACUUUUGAUAGCUAAAAUAUAGGAAUGUUGGCGCUGAUAAUCUCGCAUUUUCGGGACGCCGAGACCGAAAAACGAUACUCUGUGGCCAGCACAAAAAUUCAGGAGGAGGAGGUGAGUGGACAAAGGGGGAAGGGUGGCACCGGACCUUGAUUUUGACAUCUAAACCGUCAUCGGUUCAGAUGUCAAGUCUUAUGGCUGUAAAGGUACAAUGUCUAUUCAAGACUCUUAUUCGUUAGCUAUCGUCUUCAUUACCCUUUAUUUUCUGCUGGACCGCCCCGGAUUUUAACAAAAAGACGUACUUGUUGAGUAACAAACAACCGUCGUCGUCAAUCUCGCCUGUAUUUUCAUUCAUAUUCACAGCUGCCUCUUUAGAAUCUUCCAUCGCCAGAAAGUGUUGUUUAGAUGUCGCAUUUGGAGGAUAUGUGCUUGCCAAACGACCUCGAACUGUCUUACAUUCUGUUAUUUUUCUAUUCAACUAAAUAUUAACUUUAUUUCCGAGGUUUUAUUUACCUUUCAUUCUCAUGAUUUUAAACAGUUUUUCGACCUUCCAAGACUAUAAAACUCCGAACCACUAACCCAGUUAGGAACUUUACUCUCUUUUCUUAGCGAGUAAUGGUGCUCAAACAAACAAACCCGAUCCAAAAUAAAUAGUAUACAAAUAUGGGGAUAUUCUUCCUUUCGUAGGGAUUUUUCGUGAUUUCCCGACUGUAAAAUCCGAUUUCCCUGAACGUUUUUUGUCGAAAAUUUUUUUCUUUUUGAAUUUGCGCUUCGAACAUUUGAUCUCAAUGGAAUCGUUGGGGAUUUUGUCUGUAAACAUUGCACGGGGUCAUCAAAUUUACACGGUACACUUUGAUGUCUAGUACAAAAAUUGGGUUUGUUUUAUCCGGGUUUGCAUGGGAAUUCAAGUAGUUUUAGGGCUCUCUUUUGAGAACUGCGAUGACUUUUGCUUUGGUUUUCCGAUUUUUUAUAAAUCUUGCAAAUUUGGUUCGAUGACUAAAUUUUUUUUGCCCAAAACAUCGAACCAUCUAUGUACCCUCCGAUUUAACAUUUUUCUCAAUUUAACAAUACAUUUCUACCCUUUCUUUCAUCGAAUACCAUAAAAAAUCUUCCGAAUUCUUUCCUAUUUUCCUUCAAAAAUUACGGUGUAAAUGCAAUUUGAGUUUAGUUUUUGGCCUCGUAAUCCGUCCCUUAUUCAAUAUUCCAAUUGUUUUUGCCGCUCGAAUAUCGAAUUAUCCAAUUUGGAUCAUAAAUUUGAUCAAUCAUCGACGUAAUUCGAAGGGUUUGCACAAUAAUUUUAGCAUAAAAGCGUUCUUUUUAACUGAAAUUUCGGAUUUUCGAGGCGGAUUCUGAUUGGUAAGGUUGUUUUAAAGUUUCUAGAGUCCAUUUUAGCGAUAUUAGAAAUUUUUUGAAACCCAAAAUUUGAAUGUUUUGAGAUUGUGGUAAAAUUUGCGAAGAAUAAAAAUUUUAAAAUUUAUAAGAGACUGAAGUUUCAAAAAUUGUUUUCUCAAAUGUUUGAUUUAAAAAAUGUAAAAUUAUCUUCUGAUGUGUAAUGGAUUUCCUGCUUCAUGUCUUUGCUAAUUCCUGGUUACAAUAUUCUUUUCAUACGGUGACAUUACACUUGAUAUUUACAAUCUUAGAGCGGGUGAAAUUAGCGAAGUAAUCUCGGCACGUGGCCUCUUUUAUUCGCCGCUUUUUACAAACUUUUCUCUUCAGCAGUACGGCUUUUACUUAAGUAAUUACUUUUAGAGCUUUCUCAAAAACGAUUGACGUCUUUAUGUCCGUAUUUUAGCUAUUUUACCGCCUGUGUUAGGCAUAAAAAUCAAAAACAUGUGAGAAAUCCCAUGUUUAGACGGUAAUUGAAUUUUAUGGGGGUAAAUGCGGACUGUUAAAACGGAUUUUUCUUCGUUUCGCCUCGGGGCACGUGGGUGGGAUUACUUAUCCGGAGGGCCUGCGUAGUGUAAUAUACUUGUUUAUGCAGUCCUCACUUCAAAAGAGGUGUUAUCGAUGGAAUGCGGAGAGAAAGAACAGAGGUUUUACGGGGCUUAAAUCAAAAAAACGACAAUUUUUGAGAUUUUUAUAACUUAUAACAUUAACCUUAUUUUUGCCUUAUUUUUGACCAGAAAAUUCUCAUAGUGACGGAUUUUUUUCGCUUGAAAAAAUCUCCAAAUUUGAGUGAACUCCAAAAGAGCGACCCCUUUUUUAGAGCCCAUUAUCUCCAAAACCCUUUCCAUCCCAAAUUAGGCCCCGUUUAUUUGGCCAUAACAUCUCGAUUCGAGUAAACAGGAUGUGUAUUUUACAUUCUUAGGCCGGACGAACAUACAAAAGUUCAAAAAAUCAAAUCGGAAGCCCCGUUUUGGAUACGUAAUCCGCGUCUUUUGCACCGUUCUUUACUGGCUUCGAUUUCAGCCAUCAUAAAUAAAUCAUCUACCGGCUGGCGUUGAAAGUAUUCCUAAUAUCUCUGAGUAAUUACAGGACCACUUCCUUCCUCUCUACUGGCUAUUCACUUCUUUCCUUUUUAUCGUUUAUAAAAGAGGGCUCUAAACUCUUAAAAAAGCUCAAAAUCUCAGUUUUCAAGUAAAAAGUAGUGUCUAAAGUUUCUAAGAUUGUGGAAAAAAUUGUAAACAGUAAUCUGGCCUGUACAAUUCUCUUUUCUCUUACUUCUUUGCACAAUUCUCAAGUGGUUUUAGCGGCCGAAACGUGCCCCAAAAAAAGAAAGAAUAAGUCUUCAUAUUUGCGGGUAAAGGUUAUAAAGGAUUGCUUGAACCGCAUAAGGUACUACUGUCUAAUUCUCACUUGCUAUUACACGACUGGACUUAUUUUGAAGUCAUCAUUUCUUAUAUUGUACUAGGAAUAAAAUUGAAGUUUGUAUCGUGAUUGCUAAAAUUGUAAUGGUAGAAAUUACUUGUUGAAGCUUGACAAUUAGUUUGAAAACUUUGUAGACGUCUGCAAUUAACCAUAGCAUGGAACUCUAAGUCUCUCGGCCUUUUGUUGUAAGGUCUGAUGAAGUGUAACAUAAUAUCUGCUCCAUAAACUUGCAAAAUUAGCAUCUCUCUGUCUGUCACACUCUGAAACCUCCCAAAAUGCACCGUUCCUCCAAAGCAACUCCCUAUUCUCAACGUCGAACUCUUCGGUUCAAGUCUUUGCCUUCCAAAGAUCCCAAAAGACCUCGUCGAAUGUCCACUUUAUUGCGGCGAAUCUCGACCAAAAAGCGACAAAGCACCGCUCAGGCCUUCGAUCCCAACGACGGCCUGGGCUUUUUCCUGCAGGCACAGGGCUGGCAGAUGGGUCUGGGCGAGAUGAACGACCAGUCGUUUCAGGAUUUGGCCGUCUCCUCACCGCAACGCCGCAAUUGGAAGGGCAUUGUUACAGCGCUGGCGGUGAUCAUGUUCAUCUGCUCAAUGAUCGGUAUUGCUGUCAUGGUACUGACACCGUGUAAGUUGAUGGCAUUUUUAAUGGCAAAAAACAGUCUUAGGAUCUGUGCCAAGAUGUGGGAAUCCUUACAAUUGUUAGAGCCUUGAAUCAUUGUUUUUUCGUUUUAAAAAAGCUCAAAUUUUGAUAACUUCCAUCAUAUUUUAUAUUAUACUUGGCUAAAACUUGUCCGAAAUGCUUCAAAAUGACUUCUAAUCUCUCCUUCUUUCAGUAGACGCGAACGGUGACGGUACCAGACAGCCAAUUUCGUUGAAGGAUGCGAUAGGAUCAGCUAUUUUGGGGCACAUCGAAGCUCUUGAGUGGAUGGACGGAAAUAAGCUCUUGGUGCGGGCCAAUGACCUCGUCGAAGUUGUUGACUUCAGCACGGACACGUGGAAGAACUACACUUUGUUCGACACGGAGGCCCUUGUGAGUUCUGAUUACACAAUUUAUUAUAACGUCAUGCAUGUUGUCAUACCGUAAAAAUCUGACAAGCAUUGAACUGUAGGGUAAUAUAAGUCACGUUUUAGUAUCGGCACGGGAAAGUCAAGUCCACAAAUGUGAUCCAUAACACGCCACAUGUCGAGAUUACCUAUUUCGGAGAGAAAAACGUAUGUUUUGGAUGUUGAUGAUGACGUCUAAUGUUCGGAGCUCAUUUCUGAUGGUGAAUAUUUUAAAUAAUGGAUCGUUUUUAGAAAGAUCCUACGUUUGAGACCUACACAACAAAACGAAUAUACGAUACGAGGACGGGGUGAGCUUUUAAUUUGAUUAUUUUGCCCAAUUAUAUUAUCCAUGACCUUUCAUUUUUUCAGAACUUUCGAGAAUGUGGGACCUCAAAAGACCGGAAGUGAGAGUGUUGAUGCCCUCAAGUUCAAUCCCGAUGGUGCUGGUUAUGUAAGUAAUUACAGUAUACCGAAUUUUUUAUUUCCGAAUUUCGAUUCUGACGCUUUAAAAAUAUUUAUGUGAUAAUAACUAAUUUUAUAACAAAUUUUAGGUGUUUGUGCACAAAUUCAACCUCUACUAUAGACCUGGCUUCAAUUCCGAUGAACUGGUCAACAUCACAACCGAUGGCAACACCGAUUAUCGCCAUGGAAUCACAAAUUGGGCGUAUGGAGAAGAACUGUUUGGUCCCGAUGUGUUCUGGUGGUCGGAUGAUGGCCAGGAAGUGGCAUACAUGACGACUGACCUGAACAAAGUCAAGUCCUACAACAUCAGCUAUUACAUGGGACAGCAAUAUCCGCUGUUGCAGACCCAGCGAUACGCGAAAGCGGGGGUUCGGGAUUUGGAGAAGGUGGAUUUGAAGAUUUGGAACAAAAGGAGUCGGAAGACCGUCAAUUUGACUGUGGAGUUGCCCGAACAGUAAGUCUAAACUACGAGUUGGGUAUUUUUUCUUUUCCUUAUAUGUUUUGAACUUGACAAUUCUUCAAAUUAAGUUCUCAUCGACAAAUUUUCUAAGUGCUGUAGAUCAAAAUCUAGUAUUUUUGAUGACUUGAGCCACAAUGAUGACUAAAAGAUUUAUUUCCAGUCAAAAAACGUAUCUGAUGCACGCUUCGUACGCCACAUUACAUGGUCAGAAUGUCCUCAUCGCGGUGUUUUCGAACCGUUUCCAGGAUGAAGUCUCAUUUACCUUAUGUACAGCAGCUUCUGGCAAAUGUGUUUUGGUAAGAUUUUUGAAUAUUUUUUGUCUAAACCGAAUUUUAAAUCAAAUCGUAUGAAGGAACUGAUUUCCAUAUUUCAGACAUAUCAUCAGAGCUACGAGAUCGGAGAGUUCCAUCAGUACGCCCUUCCGGAGCAUGUUGCGAUUGCCGCUCACACAAAUAAUUCAUUCUUCACGAUUCUCCCCCAUAGAAGGCCGAAUGGUGAUGUAUUCAAUCAAAUUGCAAGGAUCACCGUGCCCGUAAGAAUCGCUAAGACGUUCAUUUAUAUUGAUUUAGAGUCAUUUUGUGCAUGGGAAAGAAAAUUUUUUGGCAAUGGGAGAUCAGGAGGUGGAUUCGAUUGAUAGUUAUGAUGCUGAGACCGAAACUAUGUAAGUACUCAAUCUUCAUUACGAGAUAAUUAGAACAGUAUUAAAUUUUGAUUUAUCAUCAGAAAAUCUUUACAAAAUGAAUAGAAAAUCAAAUUUUUAUAUUAUUCAUGACAAAAGAGCCACCUCUUUUGAUAAAAUUAUGUUUUUUCAGCUAUUUCACGUCCCCAGCCCCGAUCCAUCGCCAACUCCAUCUCUAUGCGACCUCAGCCCUUCCUCAGAACAAUCAACUCCAUGCCACCUGCAUAACUUGUGGCGUCUCGGCCAAUUGUACUUACCAUACCACGACUUUCGCUCCAUCCUCCACAAAAUUCUUUAUGAAUUGCAAAGGAAUCGGGCCCACGACUGUGUAUGUAGCCGAGGUUGAUGCGAAUCGAACAGUGAAGGUCUUGGCCGAAUUCGGCCAAACUUCGGAGCGAGACGAGGAGUUGAUUCGGAAGAAAUUCCCGACAGUUCACUUCGAAAACGUCACUCUGGCCAAUGGAUUUGGUAAGUCGGCUUCCUGAAGUUUAUCUUGGAUCAUUCGGCUACAAGACUAAGAGAUUUUCGCUUUCAGAAGUCUACACUCGAAUGUUUUUGCCGCACGGAGUCUCGUUGAAUUCGGUUGGCAAACGGUACCCAGUCUUGGUCUACGUCUACGGAGGGCCGAAUAGUCAUCAAGUCCAUGAAGAAUGGCUCCCAGAAAUGCCGGUGGAUGUCUAUUUCAGCUCGACGUUGGAGUACGUGAUCAUCAAUAUUGAUGGGAGAGGCUCGGGGAAUGCGGGAUGGAGAAGAAGACAGCCCAUGUAUGGGCAUUUGGGAACGGUGGAAGUGGAUGAUCAGAUCGAGGCGACCAAGUAAGGAGAAGAUUUUCUGCACGGUGCGAUAAAAAAAAAUAUGUUUCCAAAAACAAUCGGAAAUUAAAUUAAACUUAAUUUCAGACUUCUGCUAAAGAAACACAAGUUCCUGGACAAGAAACGAGUGGGGAUGUGGGGCUGGUCCUACGGUGGAUUUGUCACCGCUCAUGCCAUCGCUCGCGAUAAUGAUCACGUCUUCAAAUGCGCUGCUAUGAUCGCCCCGGUCGUAAACUUCAAGAUGUAUGGUGAGUACAAUUCUGGUGACUCCAAUUUUUUUCGCAUUUUCGAUUGAUUAAAAGAGAUCCAUUUAUUGUAUUUUAUAUUGUUUUAGACGCGAUUUAUACUGAACGUUACAUGGGAAAUGCAACACAACACGCGUAUGAUCUCACAAAUGUAGCGACAAAUGUGACAAACUUCCACUUCGUGCGGAGUUUGCUUAUCCAUGGUCUUGCUGACGGUACGUGUGUUUUUUGCACAGUGCGUUCAGCUGUUUUCAGCAUUUUCCCCGAUCAUCAUAAUAUUAAUAUAUUUCUUCUUCAGAUAACGUCCAUUUCCAAAACACUGCCGAGCUGAUCAAUGCUUUUGUCCGAGAAAACGUUCAGUUCGAACUUAUGGUCAGUUGUCUUCCACUUGAUGACCAAGUACAACAUAUACUUACUCCAAAAUAGAUGCUGAUUUUUCAAUUUUCAGGUCUAUCCCGACGAAAUGCACUCGCUGAAGGGAGUCCGCCCCCAUCUAUUCGAGAUGCUGAUAGGCUUCUUCAAGAGCUGUAUGGACGACGUCAUCUAG